GUUCGCACUCUCGAUCUUGAUCCUUCAUCUCUCAGCACAGAUGAGACAGGUCUUUUCGGGGAUCGUCUACAAGACCAAAGAGGUGCAGGUAUCUGAAGGAUAGGGUCUAGAAGCAGUCAGCGGAAUGGACUUGGUGUGUGAGGUCUGGCUGGUCACGCUCCGCACAGCCUUGCAGUCUGCAUGAGUUCAUGGAAACUUCAGGUUGCUUUUAAUAUGAUGGACUUUCUUCAGCAAGUUGGAUGUUCAGGAAUUCGAAACAGGUUGUUUGCAAAUGUUAACAGAAGACAUUUUUUGUUCUUGAGGUAGCCUGCAGGAUCCGGUUCGGUGCUAGUGGUUCAAAUUUCAUUUUGUUAGCCUUUGAUGCUCUGGAAAUUCAACUUGAUAUCUCUUAUUUGAAGUUCAACACAAUCAAUGUGCUGUAAACAAUCAGUGUCAAAUUUUUAUUGGAUUUUCUUUUGGGUUGAAGUUUGCAUCAAUGGCAGGGACUUGGAGUGGGACGUACAGGCGAAAGAAGUCAUGGACGACGGAGCAUUCGAUCGAGGAGCUGCUCCAAAUUGGAUUACACGGCCUGCGACGAGGCCCUGGUCCCAACGUACAGGAUACAAAUGGUGAUACCUCACUUCACCUGGCAGCCCUCAAUGGACACAAGGAUGCAGUGAAGACCCUGCUUCACUACGAUGCCUCAGCCAACAUCGUGGACAACACCGGGUGUUACCCACUCCACCUGGCGGCGUGGAGUGGAAACGCUGAGAUAUGUGACAUUCUCCUGACACACGGGCCAUCAAUAGCCAAAGUCAAUGAACAGACUCUGGUGGACGAUAAAAGCAAUGCAGCUGGAGAUACAGCCCUCCACACGGCGGCACAGUACGGUCAUGCAGAAGCUGUUCAAGUUCUCUUAACGAAUCAUGCCGAUCCAACGAUACGCAACAACAGAGAUGAAACAGCGCUAGACUUGGCCUCACAAUACGGUCGAAUCCAGACGGUCAAUCUCCUCCUGAAACAUUGUAUCAGCCUCCUGAGCUGUGCCACGAUCAAGCAUUCACCUCUUCACCUUGCCUCGAGGAAUGGUCACAGGAAUGUCGUCACGGCUUUACUAGAUGCAGGGUUUGAUAUUAAUACAUGUACAGAGAAUGGUAGUGCAUUACACGAGGCAGCUCUUUAUGGGAAACCAGAGGUAGUCAAGUUACUUCUCACCAGAGAUAUUGACACCUCAUUACAAGACACCCAAGGAAAGACAGCUCUAGAACUGAUAGAAAACCAUACUUCACCAAAGGCAUUGCAGAUAGCAAAUGUGAUACGUGUUCAUACUGGGGAGUUAUACCAAGACUCCGACCUGGAACAACCAAACCAACACCGAUUAGUCCACCCCGCCGACAGUAUAUCAUCAUAUGAAUAUGUUAAUGAAGUGCAAUCUGAUUCGCCGGAUCUGAAUGACAUAUUAGACUUAGAAUCGCCAGUGGAAGAACAGGUGCCGUUACCGCAAAGUUCAUCGUUAUACGAAAAUGUCCCGACGUUGUUACCUAAACCCGUGCCGGCGCCGCGACGGGCGCGGAUGAAUGCGAGUGAAUAUCGCAGUGUUGAGGAGUAUGCAUCGAAACAGGAGGCUGCACAGGUGCCAAUACAGGUGAUAAAGGAAACGAGGAGGACGAGUAACUCACCGCCAGUGCCAGAGCGGUCUUCAUCUAUGACCCAUCGACGAGAAGAUCAGAAAUUUGAAGAGGAGAUAUAUGAUACACCUAGACCGGACUUGCCUCCUAAAGAUUACCGACGAAAAUCUUCCACAUCGAACGGCCCAUACCUGGAAAUCGGCGAAAUUAAAACCCCAGCAUCAAAACAGCGCACAAUAUCUAAUGCGUCCAAUAAAAAUGCGGAGCCCUUCCCGGAGAUCCGCCGACCGUUAGUGGAUGAGUCGUCAACAUAUCUGCCAAUGGGCGAAGUCAAACGGAAUGUAAGCGAGGAUAACAAUGGUACUUACAUUAGGAUGGAGAAUAUAAAAUCGGCCGGGAAGAUGGAGAUGGAGGUGCAGACUAAAGAGAAGAAGCCUUCCGAGCGAUUAAUUGAGGAUUCGUCCGGUAGUGACGAUGACGACUUUAUCCCGCCGAACUCUGAAGAGGAGGAGGAGGAGAUGAUGAACACAUAUGAAUUAUUGUCAGAGGCGCAUUCCGGCAGGAUAUCGGAAAGCAACUCAUCAGAUGAUGUUUCGCUCAGUGAGAGUGCUGAGAAAAGUGAGCAGGAGAAUAUGGAGAAAGACCCUGCACCGGACGAGGACUCUGGAGUUGAGGAAUUACCAAAGGAGCCCCUACCAACGAAAGCAAUCUCAAAACCGCCAUCGCUGGAGUUUGACAGCAAGCGUUCAAGCCGUGCCAGUCGCACCAGCACCUGUAGCGAAAUACCAGUAAGUCCCACGGGGUAUAUCCAGCCUCCCACGCCCGACUUUCCCCCGCCGUCUCCUAUGACUGCCAUUCUUGGUAUUCAGGAGCAUAUUAACCCAAAGGAUAAGCGUCGAUCAAGAGAUAUGGAAACGUCAGUGGAAGCAGAGUUGUUAUACCCGCGAUUAGAUGAAAUUAAGGCGUCAAGUGUUACCACGGCGACACUCCAGGAUGAGGAGAAACCUGUGGAUUCAACGGAGAAUAGCUGUGAUGAUCUGGAUGAUGAGGAUGCGGGGUCGGACAGCAGCGACGGAGAACAGAAACCGGUCGUAGAGGAGGUGAAGCCGACCGAGAAAGAACCAUUCCUAGUGGACGGAAGCAGUAUAAGUUUAAUCAAAGGGGCCAAUGCAGGAGGGCAAAGAAGAGCGAUAUCUGCAAUAUAUGACAACAUUGUGAUCGUUGGCAACUCGAGACCAAAACGUGCUUCCAUGUCUUCCAUUCCUCCCCACUUUGAUCCCCUUCUAGAAAACGAGGAGGGUCUUACGCCAGUUUUCAAAGACUUAGACGAAAUUGUGUCGGAUAUUAAAAUGCAUCGUCAGAAUCGUCGUAGUACCUCCUCGCGGAGUGAUAGCGAGGGGUCAGAUCGACGGAGUGCUGAGCGGGGAUUGGUGAAUGGGGCAGAGGAUUCUGGGAGUAAUGCAGCACGACGGGAUCAGCGACGGACGAUGAUUGGUGGUGUUCAGGGCCAGGAUGAUAGUGAUGAUUGGGCCGAGAUUUCAGACAUAGUGACUAGUUUCGGUGGUCGGAUGAGCACGUCGUACUACGGUGACGUGGAAAUCUUUGAGACACAGAUGACGACGUUGAUGAGAAAGAAAGCAACUGGCAAAGUCCAAAGUGUAGGUGAGUGGCUUGAGGGGCGAGGACUUGGACAGUACGAGAACAUCCUCGUGGCAAAUGGCUUCGACGACAUGGACUUCAUGGGCAGCAAUGUGCUGGAAGAGGCAGAUCUGUUCGAGAUGGGGAUUUAUAACGACGACCAUCGGUGUCGGAUCGUAGAUGCAACAAAGAAACUACCUCAGCUCAAAUCUAUAGACGUAAAUAACUUGCCUGAAUCAGUUGAAGCCUGGCUGAAGACUCUCCACCUCACUUCCUAUCUCUCCACAUUCAUUGACCAUGACUUCUGCAGUAUGGAGAAAGUCCAUAAGAUGUGGGAGUUGGAACUCACUACAGUUUUAGACAUCACAACAUUAGGACACAGAAAGCGGAUCUUGGCAUCGUUGGGGAACAAAGGCUCAGAAAAGAACAAAGAAACACUAGAAAGUCUUGAUUUCUCAAAUCUGUCGCGAUCCUGUUCAAAAUCAUCAUACACAGCUUCACAUUCUACUUUGUCUGAGACGUGGAACCUCAGCCCAGUCAGUGUAGGCCCAAGUACUGACGAAGUGUUCUCUUUUGGUGAUAACUUAGAGUCGAAACAAACAGAUGUAAAAGAUUCGCCAAUAAAAGAUAUUAAUCUAUUCAAAGAUUAUACAAAUGUGAAAUCGACAGUGGAACCAAGUUCUAACGGGACUCAUGGCAGUGUGUCUAGUGUGUCGACUGGGAGCAGUAGUAGUAUAAACAUGGGGACGAGUUCAAUAAGGAGGGAGAAACGGCGGUCCCGUCACGAGGAUCAGGUCAUUCGGAGGUCAAAUCGUGUGAGUUAUUCCGGGAUUGACCUUCGACCUCCGAUAGAGACAAUGACAGAGGCAAACGAUGAAGUCCAUGCGUGGCGCCAUCGGCCAGAGGUGCUUAUCAAGGGGUGCUGUAAUUAUGUUGCUCAUUACCUAGGUUCGACUCUAAUUCGAGAUCUGCAAGGUCUUGAUUCGACCAAAGAGUCAAUAGUAAAAAUGAAGCAACGAUACUGGGAACGAAUACAGAAAGCGACAGACCAGAUUGCCAAAGUUCCAAUGAUAAUGCUCUCCAUUACCUUCAAAGGGGUGAAAUUCAUCGAUGCCAAAACUAAGAAAGUGAUCUGUGAACAUGAAAUCGGCAACAUCUUCUGCGCGUGCCAGGAUUCGGAUCAUCUCAACUUCUUUGCUUACAUCACCAAGGACCUGGCCACAGGGAAACACUACUGCCACGUCUUCAGUGUCAAGACUAAUGACCUUGCAGCAGAAAUCAUCCUGACGCUCGGAGAAGCUUUCGAAGUAGCCUACCAGGUGGCACUGAAGGAACGCGCACUACAAACAGAGAGAGAAUAUGAAGAACAGCUUGAUGAGACCGAGCGAGAGUUUGAAGCAGCACUAAACUGAGGGUCAAGAUGACCAGUCUUGGAGAUAUAAGAAGUACACAGUAUUGCUUAAAAGGAAAUAUACAGAGCAGGGCACUUCAUAAGGGCCAGGGCUAGAAGAGCUCCCCUUGAGAUGGGUGGCCAGUUAUGGAAAUAACAGUGACUUUUCUGUUUCAUCAGUGUGAAUCAAACCAAAGAAAUAUUUUGUGAUGUUUGUUUUGGGGUUUUAAUGGAUUAAAUUGAAAGGUGAAGUUUAAAAAAGUGAGGUGUUUAGAAAUAUGGUGGUACUUAGUGAUGGAAAAUAAACUUAAUUGGAAAAAUUUAUGAUGGAACUUUUAUAUUCCGUUUUAGCAGAAGGCAUGGUAGUCAGUCUGUGGUAGUCUGCCUUCUUGGUGACAGUACUUUAAAAUUUGUACUUCGUGAUAAUUGUUCAUUAUUUCAAUGGCAAGGUGUACUGUACUGAGUUUUUAUGGAGAAGAUAACUAACUUAUCUCCAAUGACUUUUGUAGUGAUAAGGUGGCACUAUAAAUUUUAUCAAGAAGAAUCAACAUACUUGAGUGAAUCUACACUGAGAGUAACAUUCUCAGUGAUAAACUGAGUUGUGGAAUAUGCAGGAUAGUGGUAUACUGAGCUGUAGAAUAUGCAGGAUGAGGUGUAAUAAAAAUAUACCGAGUGCAAACAAUUGCUCAAGAGACAGUUCCAAUCAUGCAAGAGAAGAGAUUUCAACAAGUACAUUGCAUGUUUCAUUAUUAUGUCUUUUGUUAGAUUUUAUUGAGGAAUGUGAGCUUUAUCGAGCGUAUCAUUAUGACAUGCUGGAGAGAUGUUUUCUAUUUCAAGUUAAUAUGCUUCCUUUGAUUUUGUCCAGGUUUCAUGGAGGGUGCUCUUCAGUCAACCACUUGUACUGAAGAGGUGAAGUCUUUCCUUAGCCAUUUAAGUUUACAGAUCUAAUCAGGACACCUCUCUAUUAAGGUCCUCGGGAUGUUCGAGGUAGAGAAGUUCUAUGGUUUAAGUUACCAAUACACAAUCCUCGGUGUUUGUUGGAGAAUGAAAAAAUCACCAGAUCUUGGUGAGAAUCUUUAGGGUUAUUACUCACUUCAUGAAGCCUGGCAGAUUUUCAGAUAUGGUGCUUAUUUAUUUCGUAUUAUUCACAAUUCUAUGUUUAAACUAUGACAAUUUUAUUAUGCAUUAUUUUAUUUGCGCAGUGAAACUCGAUGAAGAGCUUGCACACACUUGGGUUUAAGUUACACUGUGGUUACUUAAUUUCUUUGACGUGGGCUUCAGAGUUGGAUACUCAGUGUAAAUUGGCAACUUUUGGUAACAAAUUAUUACGAAAUUGGGCAGCUUUUCAAAGAGUUUUCAUUUUGCAUGCUUUGUUACAUUGUGAUUAUUUCACUUUCACUGUGAGCUUGGGUGCAUCAUUGUGUACAUUUGUAUAGUAUCUAUGUGCAGUUCAUCUGCUCAAGUGGGUCGGUGUGUUGUCCCACCAAUGUUUUGUACUUUUUCAUCUUCUUGAAUUUUAUUGCGCAAAAAUAGAUUUUUGUCUGUCAAGUAACGUUUUUUUGUAUAUAAGGUAAUAGAAAAUGGCAUAAUUGUUCUAUCUUCAGCGGAUGUGGUAUUGCAGUAAGUGUCUUUUAUGGUGACCACUGUACACAUGACUUGAAGCAGUUUCAGUGCAAUGGUUAGCUUGUAUUAUGUGAACUUGUAUGUGUAUAUUGUAAUGUUUUGAAUACAUUGUGAAUGUAUAUUUAUGUACAUAAAAUUCAGUCUUCAGAAAGCAUGUUAUUGUCUGUAGCUGCAUAUUGUUCCAUAUUCCCCCCUUGGAGUUAAGCUAUGAUCUGAAUAGUGACACACUGUUCAGCCAUCAAAUGCAUCAGGCUAUUGCCCCUAAGUGCUAUAAAGUCUAUGUGGACAGAUUUUAGUAAAAUGACGGUCCUAUCUCAACUAUAUGUACUUAGAAAGUAUUAUUGUUUUAACGACAGUUGAUAUUUACGGGUCUGUUAGUGUUCUAUGAGCUAUGCCAGCUUUUAGUUCUUACCUCGGCGCACAUAGGCGACUUAAUCAGUGAGUGUGACAGAAAAUGUGCAUUUCUGAUUGGUCAAAAAGAUUAAAUCCACUCUGCAAAAGAAAUUGUAUCUGCAACUGCCAAUUUAUGUUUCAGUCGCCUGUGUGUGUCAUGAUUUUUACAUGACAUUUCUUUUCAAACAUGCAACCUCCACACUUGCCUGAUUAUCACACAAUGCAAAGAUCCAGUUGCGUGUCACCUCCUGAUAUUCAUUACAGGGUGUUUCAAAAUAUUGACGAAAGAUUUAUUUUCAAAAAGGGAAAGUAUUAGUUAACUGGAUGAGUUGAAAGUCAUUGAAAUGAUUGUUUUACCAGUGGCUGUUUUACCAUUUCUCAUUUUGCACUAUCAAGUUGCUACUGGUAUGAAGACCCAAGUUUGGUCACAUCUAUUUUGACACACCCUGUAUAAGAGCUUAUUCAUAAGUUGCCUUAUACCAUUCAUUGGCAUUGAUGUCGCAACAAAUGUAUGCUUCAGACUUGGUGUUGUGUUAUAAGUUCGAAUAUAUGAAUAAUGUUAAUUUCUACUGGGCAUUUCGAUAUUGUCACAAGGUGUUAUCAAUACCCGGUGGUGCUUUACUCUUGUCUAAAUGGAUUUUGUAUGAUGAAGCGUUUGCAAAAACUAUAAUGAAAUGCCGCCAUUAUUCUAGAGCUCACUUCUAUUUUAAUCACCCUAGCUUAUCGGCCAACAUAACUGGUGAACAUCCCUAUCUCUAAAAAGCCAACUCAUCCUUUAUAUAAUUGUAAAUGUUACUAAAUCUGUGAGGUUUGAAUAAAUUUACUUAAAAACUAUUAGAUAUGAUAAUAUUACUUCUAAAAACUUUAAAAGUUGUUAUAGAAAUUAUAUAUUACCAUUACUCUUUAAAAAACCUUAUUGAUGUCUUCAUUGCUCGCAAAUUGCAUCUUUACCACCAAAGUUUUUUGCAUCUCCUCAAGAUUUAAAGAACAUCCCGGCUACAUUUAAAGGGAGUAGCAGGAUAUCAAAUUGUUGAUAAAAUUACUAAAUCAAGAUUUAACUCUACAGCAAUAGAUCUUAUUGUGAAGGAAAUAUGUGUAUAGUUCUUCAGUUCACAAGUUGGCAAAGUCUCUUGUACAUUUCUCCACACAUUUGUACAGUUAGUGUAUGUUUAAUUAAGGCCAACUUGAGAUGAACUGGAGUGUAGUUAACUGUAAGGACCAGGUGAUAUUAUUUUGCAAUAAACAUUCAUAAA